AUGGAGGCCAUUGGAGUGGGCGCGAGCCUGGUCCAGAUCAUCAACGCUGCUGUGGCCUCUAUCGACUACCUACGCCAAGUUCGGGUCAGCUCCAACGAACGUAGGAAGCUAUCGGACGAGGCAACUGCGUUGAGAGGGCUUCUGCUCCAGCUUGGGGAAAAGCUCAAUCAGGCUGAGCAACGCAGUAAUGGCGGCUCGGUCGGCACGCGCCUCCUGAGCGGACCGUCGGGUCAGCUGGCAGUCUUGGGGAAUUCUCUCUCAGAGUUGACGGCAAGGCUGGGUCAAUCCGUGCCGCAAGCGAAUUCGGUCCGCUACAAGUUUCAGGUCAUACAGCAGAAGUUUGCCUGGCCUUCGGAGAGGAAAAGGUGUAUGGAAACCCUUGAAUGUAUCGAAAGAACAAAGACUUUCGUUCUUUUAGCGUUGCAGCAAGAUAUGGUUUCUGCGACAUGGGACAUCACUAGACAAACGGAUGCAAUACCUUUGAUUCACCAUGAAUCCAUCGCAACCGGCGAGAGAGUUCUCGGAUUGACCAGCAAGCUCAAUGCCACCGAGCGCCUAGCGAUUGUUGCCUGGCUGUCUCCUCUCAAUUUCUACGUCACUCAAAAAGACAUCUUGAGCCGGUGGGAAAAGGAGACUUGUCGUGACGUCUUACAAGCCGCCGAAUUCGAAGCCUGGGCGUCCGGCAUAGGAACACAUCUGUGGUGUUGGGGCAUCCCGGGCUCCGGCAAGACAAUGCAGGCUGCUGUCAUCGUUCAGCAUCUCCGGCAGUUAUUUCCCGACGAAUCCAAAACCAAGGUUGCCGGCGUCUUCUUUGAUUACAAGAACAAAGCUUUGCAGACCCCGGCUAAUGUUCUGGCCAGUAUUUGGAUGCAGAUCGCCAACCACGAAGAAAUUGAUCAGCAUGUUGCUCAGUUGUAUCACCGGAAUAUUUUGAAGGGUACAAAUCCCAGCAUAGAAGAGGUGUCAGAGGUGCUGCGAAUGGAAUUAAGCAAGCAUGAAAAGAUUCUCCUCGUUAUAGACGCUGUGGACGAGGGUGACCAUGAGUCCACCCUGAAAGUGUUUGACGAGUUGACUCGUUGCAUGGCUGUGAUGAAUAUCCUUGCAACAUCUCGUCAUAGGAAACCGUCUCUGUUUCACUUUCAGGGCUGUCCACUGUAUCAAAUUCUAUGUUCGGAACCGGACUUGAGGGUGUAUGUUGAGAGUCGGCUUCAGCAGGAGCCGAUGCUUCAACGACACUUGGCCAAUUCACCCACGUUGCAUGAGGACAUUAAGCGAUCAGUUCUAGAAAAGUCGAGUGGCAUGUUCUUGUUGGGAUUAUUGCACAUGAACCAGAUCGCUCGUGAAGACAGCGUUCGGGGAGUUCUAAGGUCCUUGACCACUCUCCCGCAAGACGUCAACUCGGCCUAUUCAAAUCUGCUCUCUCGUGUGUACUCUCAGCCCGAUCGUCAAACACAAAGAGCGAAACAAGUCUUCACGUGGAUAUCACAAGCAACAAGGCCCCUGAGUCUGGUCGAGCUCCAAUGUGCCCUCUCUGUCGAACCUGGCGAUACCCAAUUAGAAUCUCAAGCACUGUGUGAUGUCGACUCGCUUAUCACCUCUUGCGGCGGGAUCGUCACUGUUGACCAAGAAAGCAAAACGGUCAGAUUUGUUCACUACACUUUUCAGGUGUAUAUUGCGCAAAACGCGCCGUUUUCUCCUUCAACCAUGCAAGCAGAGAUAUCACGGAAGUGUCUUGUCUAUCUGCUCUUUGAAGAAUUCAACUCUGGAAAGUGUCUGAGUGACUCCAAACUUGACGAACGACUCAGCCAGAAUCCAUUCCUCAUGUAUGCAGCCAAGAAUUGGAGCCACCACGCCAGAAAUGUUCUUGAAGACCUUCAAGACGUACAGUCUCUGGCCAUAACGCUACUUGAGAGAUCUGGCUCACUGGAUAGCUGCUGCCAGAUCUUGUUUUUAUCUCCGCGAAGAUAUGAUGGCUAUAGUCUAACAUAUCCAAGAAGCACCUCGAGUUUAUGGUUUGCGGCAUUCUGUGGGCUGAAAUUCCUUUGCAAAUACUUGCUUGAGCACGGUCACCCCGUAGAUGAGGAGAGCAGUGGAUCUAAUGCCCUGUGUGCAGCAGCAAGAGCCGGCCACAAGGACGUUGUCUUGCUUUUACUCGACUCCGGUGCUUCGGUCGAUGGCAUUGAAACUUCCAUUCCCCUCUUCGAGGCAAUCAAGACUGGAAAUAAGACGAUCAUCGACAUACUCCUGAGCAGAGGAGCCCAAGUCACCUUGACAUCUCAAGACGGCCGAAGCGCGCUGCAUGAAGCAGUGGUGAGCAAUCGCCCCGAAAUUGCCAGUCUUCUUAUCAAUCGCGGCGCCAAUGUGAACUCCAAGACUAAAGCGGACCAUUGGACACCCCUGCAUAGCGCAAUUGCAAAUCGAAAUACGAAGCUUGCGUCACUGCUUUUACAACACGGCGCUGAAGUCGAUACAAAGACAGUGGAUGGAGAGACAGCGUUACACAUUUCGGCAGACUACGAUUUUGGUGACGGGGCAUUGCUUCUACUAAACGCAAAUGCGGACCCAGACAAGACGAAUCGGUUUGGUCGAACAGCCUUGCACACAUCUGCUCAUAACGGCUUUGAGUCGAUCUCGCAAAUUCUGCUACGACGGGGGGCGAAACCCAGUCUCAAAGACCACUCCGGGCAGUCCCCACUUCAUAAAGCGGCCGAAAAUGGCCACAUCGAUACUUGCAAACUGCUGUUGGGGUACAAGUCUGAUAUAACUGCGCAGGAUUGCAAAGGGAGUCUUCCAAUUCACCUAGCAGCCGCUGCUGGCCAUACGGCAGUUGUCAAACUGCUCUCGGAUCAAAUUCAAGAUAUAGCCUCUGAGACAUACGAUGAAAAGAUGGACUUCGACCUGACAACAGACCGUGAUCUUGAUGGUGUUGGAGGUCUUGCCCUCCCGCAACAGACAAAUGCAGCCAGGGAUUCAACAACAAAAGACAUUACUUCACCAGUGUCAGGUGACGUGGAUUAUACUCUUCUGGGCCAGUUCAAUUCUCGACAUACAGAGCUCAAUUCCUGGAUAGAGACUACGGCUGCUGACCAAGAGGCUGAUAUGGACAUUCCAGAAUCGCGACAGCCCCCACGCCCAGCAGCACAAAUCAACAUUACCUCUGAAUGGGGCCGUCUCCACACACCGAUAUCUGGACUGGGAGAUUCGAUGCCGAUCAGCGACCGCUCUGAAUUUUUCAAUAAAUUUGAACUUGCAACAGAAGUAAGAUCUGCAAAACCGACAACCCCUGACGAGGCGUCGAUGCCCAAGGAGCGAACAACCGCUGAAAAAAGGAUAAUGUCGGAACUUACUGACAUUGGACGAGAUCCCCCUUACAGGGUGAGUUGUGGACCGAUAGGUGACGAUAUAUUCCACUGGCAAGCCACCUUUUUGGGCCCUUCGGAUUCAGACUAUGCGGGCGGAGUCUUUUUCCUCGAUAUUCGAUUUCCACAGGAUUACCCCUGGAAGCCCCCGAGACUUAGUUUCACGACCAAGAUAUUCCACACCAAUGUCAACGAGUUCGGCGGCAUCUCACUCGAUAUUCUGCACGACGCCUGGAGCCCAGGCCUUUCCGUAGCAAAAUGUUUACUGGCCAUCUGUUCCAUGAUGCAGGAUCCCUAUGCACCUCCAGGCUCCUGGUUUCCAAGCGCCCAGCUCUAUUUACGUAACCGGGCCAAAUAUCAUCAGACUGCUCGAGAAUGGACGACGAAGUACGCGAUUUAG